CCUAUUAAGCGGCCCCAAAGAUAAUACAGUUCCACGGCAAGGCACUCGGCUGAUGUUGGUAGAAAAUGGACACAUGAUUUCAGGUUGUCGGUUUUCAAAAGAUUUGUCAGCCGCUGCUGUCGAAACUAAUAUAAUGAUGGCCUUUGAUGGAAAAAUUCCGCAUGGUACAGAUAUAGAACUGUUAACAUCGGUACAUUCCACUCUGGUUGCGCCAACAUUAGCCCCUGGUCAGACAUUGGAUGGUGUUAUCCUCCACAGAUUAUACGCACAAAAGCCAGUGUAUGUACGACCUAGUGUUCAGCUGCUUAACAUGGGAAAUGCAACAAAGGAACCAGGCAGCAAUUCUAGUGAAGGAAUAGAUGAACCUUUGGAUGAUGAUGAUAUAAGCAUAUCUGAAACCAGUGAAAUUCAUUCUGUGCCUACUACUGAUAUUGUGCCUGCAACUGAUGGUGUGGCUGAAACUGAUGGUGUGGUUGCAACUGAUGGUGUGGCUGAAACUGAUGGUGUGGUUGCAACUGAUGGUGUGGCUGAAACUGGUUCACUGUCUGCAACUGGCUCCUCAACUCAAACUAGCACACUCCUUGAAACUGAUGAUCUUACUCUUUUGAACGAAGCAGGUGUUUUUUCCGCAUUGAUAGAUACUCCAUUCCUGUCUUUGCCAGCUGAGAACAGAGAAGUAAGAGCUGUUAUUGUGCACAGAACUACAAUACGUCAAGAUGUCAUAGCCAUUUUUAAUGAUGCAGAUGUGCUUAAUUGUUUGGUUUGCCCCACCGUGAUUGAUUACAGUGGCAGGGAAGAAAAAGGGAAAGGAAAAGGAGUAAUGCUGGAUGUUUUGACACAUUUUUGGCAUGAGGUAUACAACACCUACUGUUUCGGCUCCAGCGAUAAGAUUCCUAUGAUUAGGCACGACAUGCAAAAAAAUGAUUGGCAGUCUAUUGCUAGAGUUAUUGUCUACGGUUACAACCUGCUGAAAUACUUUCCUAUGAAAAUAUCACCGGCACUGCUAUGUACAUGCUUAUUCGGAGAGGACAAUUUAAGUAGAGAGUUGUUGCUGAAUUCCUUUCGUGACUACGUGACUCUUGAAGAUCGCCGAGUUUUUGAUAAUUGCAUGAACGAAAAUUGUGACCUCGAAGACGAAGACAUUCUUGACUUUCUCUCAAUGUUCAAGUGUUUUAAACUUCCGACGAAAGAUAACAUCAAGGAGAUUAUGUUCGAGUUGGCUCACCAAGAACUUCUUCAAAAGCCACGGUACAUAAUUCACUGCUGGUCUCCAGUUUUAAGAAUGCUCCAAUACGAUGACAUUUUUAAAACACAAGAAGACAUUCUUCAACUUUAUACCAGUAGGCAACCUACGGCCAAAAAAUUAAUAAAAUUGAUUAACGCCGAAACCGGAAAUGAAAUAGAGCGCCUUACAAUAGAUCAUUUGAAAAGGUACAUUCGGUCGUUAGAAGGUAAAGCUAUCGAGAGAUUUCUCCAUUUCAUCACUGGAAGCGACUGUAUUACUUGCACAUCGAUAGAAGUAACUUUUUCAAAUCUAAGUGGACUCCAAAGACGACCUAUUGCUCAUACAUGUGGACCUUGUUUAGAAAUUCCUACCACAUAUGAGAGCUAUGGUGAUCUUGCAUCUGAGUUCAAUAACUUAUUGAAGGAAGGACAAUCUUGGUCAUUUGACAUUGUAUAAAAUUACGUUAACAGUUCGUUUUUACAUCUUGAACAAUGCUUAUAACUACGUUUGAUUGAAAUUUUAUUAAAAUCGUUCGACUUAUAAUUUGUACACUAUUGAUAUGUACGGACGAUCAGAGAUAUAUCUACGAUCCAACUGUACAAAUUAUGAUGAAGUCGUUUAAAGGAA